UGUACAGUCAUUCCUGCUGAAGAAGAAUAGAAAAGAAAGAGAAAAGCAAGCAGAAGAAAUAAAGACAGAUGCAUGAUUUGGCGGAGCGCUUGUGAUGGGGAGCUCGUGCGUGCACGCGCCGCAUGCGUGUGCCCGCGCGUGCGUGCGGUAGGAGGAGAGAAAGACGCGGAGCAAGAAAAGGAGAGGAGGAAGGAGGGAUCCGGCAUCGCAGCGCCAGCCUAGUAUUUAAUCCGUUGAAUGCUGUGUAUUGUGCGUUAAUCGCCUGAUAAAAAGAAAUGGAGUGAUGAAAACCAGAACUCACAAAGAGCCGAUGCCUGUACGUAGUGGGCGAAGGCGGGGUGGUAGCGAGGAGCGGAGGGGAAGGCGUCCACAUCCUAGCCCAUCUCGAGCAGAACGAAAUGAACGACAAACACAGAGAGCUGUGGGAGAAGAGCUUGGUUGUUUUAGACGACCACAAGGACAGGAUUCAUCUGAAAGUGAUGGAGAGCGGACUAUUCCUCCCCCCAAGAGGCAGAAGGUCCAGGACUCUUCAUCCAGUGCCCCGACAUCAACACAUUCAACCGGGACGACAACUUCAGCACCGCAUCCAACUUCGUGCAACACCCGGGAAAGUGACAACGAAGAUGGGCAGUCACAAGGCAGCCGUAGCUCAGCUGGAGGAAGCUUAGCUAAUAGCAGCAGUAGUAUUAGCAGUGGACGGGAUAUCGAUCAGGACAAUCGAUCCUCUUCACCGAGCCUCUCUGGCUCCCCAUUGGCCAGUUUGGACUCUGAAUCAGACUCACCAGAUUCACCAAAGCAAGCCGGGAAGGUGAAAGAAGGAGCGAUACCUAAACCGGGAGGAGCAGGAAGGGGGACUGAUAGUGUUAGUGGAGAAUGUCGGGACACUGAGGGGGGGAUGGAGGCUGAUUUAUCAGUACUGAAAUCGCCAUCAUCACUUUGUCCUUUAAGUGAAAGCGGAAAUGCAAGAAAAUCCUACUUUGCAGUUGACCCUAAAAUAACGCCCAAGAUGGAGUUUUCUAGUGUUGUGAGUGAUGAGGCAUUACAUGGCUGUGGCCGCAGCAAUACCAACCCCAAAACGCCUUCUCAAUGUGGAGGAAAGAUUGUAGUUGGUGGAGCAGAGUAUCCCCAUGGAAAUCCAAAUGUUAGUCAUGCCCCCUCCUCUUCUCUCCCCCCUCCACCUGCUCUGAAGCCUCUAGAGGCAGGCCAAAGUGCUCCUGGUGAUGUUAAAAUGGAAAAAGUUGAGAAAUGUGACAAGGCUCCACCCUCUCUUCUUCCACAGACAACCUCCUUACCACAGCAGGCCCCUCCCCCUCGCCACACUCUUCACUACAGCCCUACUACAUGGUCAGGCAGUGCUGUUUCCACUUGCCCUGGAAACUGGGGUUACACACGUUACCCAGGUGUCCACCAUGCACCUGUGCAACAGCAACAACUGCCCUCUGUCUACAACCCCCCCUCCUCCACUCGUCACUCAUCCCAUCCACCCUACCUCCCCCACACACACCCACCCCACCCACACAGGGAGUACUUGCCCAGGUACGGCAGUCCAGCUGAGCGGGACAGGGCUGCAAGGGACAUUGCAAUUAAAGAUGCCACUGGUGGAUCUGCUGCACAUAACAGUGCGAAUCUGGGAAAUGACUUUGCGACUCCAGUUUCUGGACAAAACCGAGAAUUUGGAGCACCAGGCCGGGAAGGACCACCAGGGGGUCGGGAAUUUCGAACAGGAUUUCGGGAUCGGGAUGGACUAAGAGAAUUCUCUUUGCAGAAUCAGAACCAGCAACACAUAGCACAGAGCCGGGACUUUGGAUCUGGUGGGCCGAGUGGAGCAGGAGGUGCAGGUGGGUGUCACCCAAGAGAUAAGGAGGGAAGAUGGGGCGAGUUUGCAGGUCAGAUAAGGGAAGUAGUUGGUAACAGCAAUCCAACUAAUAUUAACCAAGUAAAUGUUAGCACUUCAAGCUCCACUGUAUCAUCUAGUUCUCCACAAAACAGUUUAUCCACCCAAAAUAAAGACUUUCAAUCUGCGGUGGAGCAGGUGGGGCAAGGUCAUCAAGGACAUCAAGUCCCUGCUACUGGGUCAGAUCCUCCCCCCACUGCGCAUUUCCUAAGGGAAUACCCUCCACCAGAGUCCAAGGAGUACCCUCCAGCAGGGACUCAACCUUCAUCUGCCCCUCAUCCUGGUACAUCCAGAGAAUUCCCAAGUCCCACCAGACUUGCUUCAAAUAUGGGUCGAGAUUUUACUGGAGGGCCUGCUGUUCCCCAUCCACACUAUCUGGUCCAGCCUGGCCUGACUGUCCAAUCUAGAGAGAGAGAAAGAGAGAAGGAAAGGGAAAGGGAAAGAGAGAGCAGUGCUCCAUCUUCCAUUUAUCACAAUCGUAAUCACCCACCAUCUCUUUCUCCCUCCUCAUCUUCUUCCACACAUGGACACCAACCUUCUGCCUCAUAUCCCCCAGCUUCCCACAGUCAACAGCCUCUUCCAGCAUCCACACUUCCAUCUAGUCAGACUCGUCCGGGGCAGUACCCCUCAUCCAAUCAAAGUCCACCCAGUACUCUCUCUCCACUUCCUAGUCCAUCAACAAACCAAAUGGGAGGAUUUCCACCAUUUUCAUCAACUUCGGCACCUUCUGCAUCGGGUGCGGUCACUUCUUGUCUCUCUGGUUCCCGACCUGCUUCUUAUCAUGGCACUUUAAACAGUCACACCCCGUUUGCUAGUGCUUUCCAUGGCAAUAGUAACCAUAGUAACACUGCAGGUGCCAGCAAUCCAAAUAGCAACAAUAGCGGUAACAGUCACAUGCACUUGCAUUCGCCUACACCCUCCAAAAUCCAACCACAUCUCUGCAACCCUGUUGCUCCCCCCAGUAACGCUCCCACCAGCACAGAUAGUCAAUCUGAAUCAACAUCUUGUUCUUUGCCACCACCUGUCAUAAAAGAAGAGCCAAUAGAAGAACGAGAGGAAACUGAGACUCCACCUUCUGUGCUCAGGAGCCCCUCGCCUGAGCCAAAGGCUAUCGAUAUUCCAAUUCACGCCAGCCAAUCUGCUCGGUUCCACAGGGUUCUAGAUCGUGGCAGUGGGAAUUCUUGUGCUCGCACUGAUGUCCUCUUCAUCCCUCUUGACGGAUCUAAACUCUGGAAAAAGAGAAAUGAAGCAAUUGAAAGAGCAAGGCGAGAGGUGGAACAGAGAGCUCGGGACCUGAGAGAGAAGGAGAGAGAGCGAGAGAGGGAAAGAGAGCGUGAGCGAGAAAGAGAAAGAGACCUGGAAAGGCAUUUACAGAAGGAGAGUAACCCUGGAGUAGCUCCCCGUCAGGGCUCUUCCCUCUUCUUUUCUCCUUCCUCCUCUCUCCUCCUAGACCCUUCGUCCUCAUCCUCCUCACCCUGUGUAAACCCCUCCCACCACCCUGCCCACCACCCCACCCAUGCAAUCCACCCAUCUCAUGCCCACACUCUUCACCCUUCCCUCUCUCAUUCUAUUCCUCACUCCCUUCUUCUACCAUCUGUUGGAGGUCUUGGUCCAUAUCUUGGGCCCGAUACACCAGCAUUGAGGACACUAAGCGAAUAUGCCCGUCCCCAUGCAAUGUCACCACUUGGCGCGACCAAUCGUGCUCCACCCCAUUUUCACCCCCACCCCCAUCCUCAUUCUCAUCCUCACAUCCACCCCUCCCUCUUCCUGCCCCAAUUCCAAAACCCCGCUCUCGCUCAUCCACAUCAGCUUCCUGCUGAUGCAGCCACUGCUGCUGCCAUCCUUGGGUUUCUUUAUGGAACUGGCUUGGAAGGAGGCCAUGCCCACCCUGGGGCAGGGCCAGUGGCAGGGCCUGGCCCUGGGGGGAUGGCAGGGCUAGGGGCCGGUCUUGGAGGGAUGGGAUUUCCACACUCUGUGACUGCUCACAGGGAACGAGUGAAGUCGGGGUUUGACUUUAAAACUGAAUUUGACUCACAUACACACUCUCAUUCACACUCCUUACUGCUAGGAGGUGGAGCUACAGGUGGCGCUCCGACCAGUGAUGUUGCCCUUUAUGGGACCCCUCCACCUCCAGCUCCACCCCCUCAAGCCCUUCCUACAGUUGCGAGAAAUCCAAGCUCUGUUCCUCAGCCUUUAUCAACCCCGCCUACUUCUUCUUUGUUACCACCUUCCCUACCUAGUCAUGCGCCCCCCACUGUAAACCCUGUAGGUUCUGCCCCUCCCCCUCCUCCUCCUGCACCUCCACCACCUCCUCCUGCACCCACAGGUUCCUCUCUCCAUCACCCUUCCUCUCACUCCUCCCACCCAACCCAGCCCCCAGCCUCUGAAGGUUACUCCGCCCCGAGCCGGACUCCACCUAGUACCGAGAGAGCAAGGAGUGUGGAAAGAGAGAGGGAAAAAGAGAGAGAGAGAGCACUGCCAGGUGGAGACAGGGAAAGGGGAGCCCCAGUAACCCCAGCCGGAGGUGGAACUUCAGGAGGAGGUGGGGCAUCAGGAGGAGGUGGAGCAGGAGAGUCUUUGGGGCGACUGCAAAUGUUAAACGUGACUCCACAUCAUCACCAGCACUCACAUAUUCAUUCUCAUCUGCAUCUACACCAGCAAGAUACAGCACCUAGCAGCGUGCACCCGCUCAUUGAUCCGUUAGCGACGGCAGCUCCGUUACCACGGCUACCGUAUCCAGGAUCCAUCAUCACACACCCUCUUUCAGAGAGCGACGUACUGCGACAGCAACUCUUCGGCGCUCCGUUCCGUGAUUUACCCCCCCACUCCUCCAUGCAUCAUCAGAACACAGAGCUUCAGAUCCAGAGACUUGCACUGGAGCAGCAGUGGAUCCAUCACCACCAUCACUCUCUCACACAGGAAGAGUAUUACAGCCACCUGAAGAAGGAAAGCGACAAAACGCUGUGAGCGCAGAGCCGAGCGACGGAGAAACACGGGAAAGUGCAAAUAAACAAACGAAGGACAUCACAAGAGUGAUCAUAAACUCUCGACACACAGCA